AUGGCUGACCGUCGAAAAGCAACGAUUCACUUAGGCAAUCUUGCUCCAGGUGUAACAGAAAAUGUCCUCUACAACGCUUUUAUACCAUUUGGUGAAAUUAUAACGGUCGCACUGCAUAACAAAGAAAAAGCGGAUCGCUGCUUUGCAUUUUUAGAGUUUGAAAGUUCUGAGGAUGCAAAAGAGGCUAUAGCCAACAUGAACUAUUCCGUUUUGUAUGACCGUGUGAUUCGAGUUUCACCAGCAAAUUUCGCAUUAUCUACCGAAGAAACCCCCGUUCCUGACUCAGCUAUGAUUACUUCCUCGGGUACGCCUCCAUCCGUUUCAAACUCUUAG